UGAUAAGAAUGAUAAGCAGCUGUGUGGAGUGAUUCGCUUAAAUAUUGCCUUCUUCGUCGUCAAUCAUGUUGAGCGCAAAGCUUUCUGUAAUAGUUAUGGUAACUUUCGUGACAACCGCAAAGACAGAUACUCCAUGCUGCACCCCUCCUCAAUUCUCAGGAGUUGGUCGGAUCCUGACAGGGUCAAUCAACAGAGAAAACGACCGGAGCACAGAGGUGAACUUCGUGCUUCAGUUUGACAGCCUAAACAAACUGGUUGGAACUGAGAAUGCUGUACAGCAGGGAGAUCAUGUCUCCAGUUACAAGUUAAUUUUGGAUUAUCGCAAGGGUGUCCAGUAUCUCAUUGAAGGCAGAGAGUGCAUCAAGUCCACACUUCAACAGAAGGACAAGAUCGGUUGUGUACCAGACAACUCAACUCUGAUGUCCCAUUACUGGUUUGGCUCUAUGGAAAAGUUUGGGGAACACAUGUUUGCGAAAUCUUUCCAGGUUGCUGAUCAGGGACUCACGGGAUUUCUGUCCGUCACAGAGAAGGACUGUGCCUUGAUAUCAGAAACAGUGUAUGGCUCUGUAAAUACAGUGCCAAUGAUGAGAUCAACAGUCUUGGUGAAUCAGACAAACUGGGUCGAUCAGGACUUCUUCAAAGUUCCAGAAAGUUGCAUUCUGAAACCCAGUCUUCCUUUGCUGGCUCCCUGGUCUGAACUCAGCUUCAUGAACUGGUAACUAAAUGUGGCAGUGUUAACUCUUCCCAGAAUAAAAGCCUUCUCACAUCAGCAGAUGUGUAGACAACCCCA